AUGUAUGCUUGCUGCAUGAAAAUUAAAUUGGUGGUGCCAAGCUCUGAUGCAUGUCCGGAUUUGGGUACGCGAACGGCGCUGGACGGCCCGACGGCGCUGGACGUGGUGAAGGUGUCCGCGUCGGAGUACGAGGCGUGCGCCGCUCGGCGCGGCGCCAAGGUGCUCAAGUCCGGGGCCGACCGCGUCACGCUCGCCCUCGGCCCAAGCUACUUCAUCUGCAGCGUCCCCGCCCAGUGCCAGGCCGGCAUCAAGAUCGCCGUCGUCGCCAGGAAGCAGGGCCGCGUCGGCGGAGCGUCCUAA